GUGAUUGGAGCCAACGCGGAAGUAGAAUCGUGAGCGAGCUGUUUGUGACAUCUGCCAAAGUGCCCUCGGGCAACAUGGCAGCAUCUAAAACCAAUAUGGAAGAAAUUAAUCCUGUGCUAAGAAUAAGUCAACUGGAUGCUAUUGAGUUAAACAAGGCAUUAGAGCAAUUGAUCUGGUCCCAGUUUAGCAAUUGUUUUCAAGGAUUCAAACCAGGCAUUUUGACCCGUUUUGAACCAGAACUUAAAGCGUCUUUAUGGCUCUUCUUAUGGAGAUAUACUGUGUACUCUAAGAAUGCUACAGUUGGUCAGGCAAUUUUGGAUAUCCAAUAUAAAAAUGAUCUAGCGGAGACUAAAAAGUACAGGCCACUGAAUAAGCAGCAGAAAUUAUGGUUUGCCCUAUUCACAGUUGGUGGCAAGUGGUUGGAGGAGAGGUCGUACGAUUUGUUCAGUAACCACCCCCUUGGGCUAUCAUUUCAGAAAACGAAAUACUUCAUUGGUCUCCUGUCUGGACUUCUGAAGCUUAGCAGCCUCCUAAAUUUUUUAAUAUUUCUACAGCAAGGAAAGUUUGCAACAUUGACAGAGCGGUUUCUAGGAAUCCGUUCAGUUUUCAGCAAGCCUCAAAAUGUUCGGCAAAUAGGAUUUGAAUAUAUGAACAGAGAAAUUAUGUGGCAUGGGUUUGCUGAAUUCCUGGUCUUUCUUCUGCCGCUAAUUAACACUCAGAAACUGAAGUCAAAGUUGUUCUCUUGGUGUAAACCUAUCAAAGGGCACACUCGCAAUGACCCCUCGUUAGCAGUGCAUUGCAAGGAAUGUUGUUUGUGUGGGGAAUGGCCUACCAUGCCCCAUACCAUUGGCUGUCCACAUGUCUUUUGUUAUUACUGUAUAAAAAGCCAUUCUAUGUCUGACAUGUAUUUUACGUGCCCCAAGUGCAGCUCACAGGUACACAACCUACAGCCACUGGAAUUUAAGAUUGAAAUUUCUGAAGUACACACUUUGUAGAUGUUUUCUUUUAUGUAUUAUCAU